AUAAAUAGGUUAUGCAGGCAUGCAACUCGUUCAUUCUUCAUCUGUGUUUUGCGUUUUCGUGGUCAUAUAUGUGGUGUGUGAUGGUGUCACGUGUCGAUUAUCAGUAAAUAUACGACUAACAUUUUUCCUACAUAUCCAAAACAAUGAAGGUAAUAGAGACUCUUUUUUUUUAGAUUAUCUCGGGGAUCAAUACAAACGAUGGCAUCAGCUAAAGCCAACAAAAAAGUUGCGUCGGCUGCUGUCGACCUGCCAGAAUGCCCGGUUUGCUUAGAGACUAUGAUGGCGCCGAUAUAUCAGUGCAGUGGAGGCCAUAGCCUGUGCCAUAACUGCACCAAAAUUUUAUGCCCCCCUAUCUGUCCUAUCUGCCGCCAGCAAAUGACUCAAAUGAGAAACUGGCAGCUAGAAGAAAUCGUUCAAAAGGCAAAGGUGCCCUGUCCCAACAAAUCUGCGGGUUGUGUUUACAUUAUGGUAACAGUUGACGUUGAAGAUCACCUCAAGGAGUGCAUUUUCCGCGAGAUGGACUGUCCGCUUGGUGCUGUUUUCGGUAAAUGCUCCUGGAGUGGACGCUUAAAUGAUAUGAUGGACCACUUCAAAGAACGCCAUCCUACCAAUUGCAACAUCAGCAGUGAUACUGACGUGGAACUGAAUAAUGUCAACAUUAACAUGGACGAACGGUUAGUAUAUUUAGUUACGCAAGGAAAGAUCCAUUUUAUAAUAACAAUGAAGAUUGAUACAUUACAAAAGAUGGCGUACUGGGCUAUUCAGCUUAUUGGAGGGAAGAAAACAGCACAACAGCAUAUAUACGAGAUACACGUUAAUAGUAAACAGGACAACAGAAAGAAAGUCGUGUUUAUUGAACACUGCUUCAAUGAUGCCAUUAAAGCGGACGAAGUAUUCCGUCAAAAUCAAUGUGCUGUGCUUCCUCUUGAAUCCUUAAAACAUUUUAUAAACAAUAAGAAGCUGUCGUUCAGAUUCUUCAUCAAAAGAAUACCACAAGCAAACAAAGAUAAAAAAGGUGAUUGGAAGAAAGAAAACAAUACUAAUAAAGAUGGCGCCAAUGAAAAGUUUACGGGACCACCUCGUGGGCCAGGACCGAACAGUGGUACUCAACAAGGGCCGAAAGGUGCCGGAGUUAAAGGCCCAUGGCCUAAAGGACCUGGCGCUAAGGGACCAGGACCCAAGAAACAGCACAAAGCUCAUGCUUAAAUCAAUUAAUUCAUCUUAAAACAACUGUAGCAGUAGGUAUUUCAUUCCUACAUAUUCUAGUUACAUAAUUAGUGUGUAAUACAGUAUAGAAAGGCGUGUACAUUGUACAAGCCGUAUAGGUUAGG